AUGGCUACAUUCAAUCCUCCCUCGUUCGCUUACCUACGUGGUGGCCGUAAUGUUAGUUUGGCCGAAAGUGUACCGGCUGAUAUUAUACAUAUGGUGGAUCCCUACUGGUAUCAAUGGCCACCCAUGGAACCUAUAUGGUUUGGCAUAAUCGGUUUCAUCAUCACCGUCCUGGGCAUUAUGUCGUUGAGUGGCAAUUUUAUUGUCAUCUAUAUUUUUACAUCCGCCAAAUCGUUGCGUACCCCCUCCAAUAUGUUUGUAGUGAAUUUGGCAUUUUCCGAUUUCAUGAUGAUGUUCACCAUGUUCCCGCCCGUCGUGCUCAAUGGUUUCUAUGGCACCUGGAUUAUGGGCCCAUUCUGGUGCGAACUGUACGGUUUAUUUGGUUCGCUCUUCGGUUGUGUUUCGAUUUGGUCAAUGACUUUGAUUGCUUACGAUCGUUAUUGUGUUAUUGUUAAGGGUUUAGCGCGUAAACCUUUGACUAUAACAGCGGCCGUUAUACGUUUGAUGUUUAUUUGGAGUGUUUGUCUGAUAUGGGCUAUUUUCCCUAUGGUCGGUUGGAAUCGUUAUGUACCCGAGGGUAAUAUGACAGCAUGUGGUACAGAUUAUUUUGCCAAAGAUUGGUAUAAUCGUUCGUAUAUUAUUGUCUAUUCUGUGUGGGUGUAUUUUACACCAUUGAUGACGAUUAUCUUUUCGUAUUAUCAUAUUAUGAAGGCUGUCCGAGUACAUGAGCAGGCGAUGCGUGAACAGGCGAAAAAAAUGAAUGUUGCAUCGCUGCGCAACAGCGAGGCGGAUAAGGGUAAAUCGGUGGAAAUAAAACUGGCUAAAGUGGCACUUGUUACAAUAUCAUUAUGGUUUCUGGCCUGGACACCAUAUACGAUUAUAAACUAUGCCGGCAUAUUUGAAUCGAUGGCCUUGUCACCGCUCAGCACCAUCUGUGGUUCGGUGUUUGCCAAAGCCAAUUCAGUCUGCAAUCCCAUUGUCUACGGUUUGAGUCAUCCCAAAUACAAACAAGUCUUAAAAGAGAUACCCUGUUUGGCUUGUGGCAAAGAUGAUACAGCUUCUGAUUCCCGAACACAAGCUACCACUGAAAUUAGUGAAUCGGCAGCGUAG